AUGCAGGUUAUUUCUCGACACAAAGAGGCCGAGCCUGGUCAACGCUCCGAGCCAUCAGUUCCUACAGAUCUUCAUGCCGUUGCUACUUCAUCCUCCUGCUUUGACAUUCCAGAAGAGCAGGUCGAUGUGCUUUGUCUGUUUGGUGGAUGGGAUUGCAAAUCUGAUCGGCGCCUCGCGGACGUUACGUGUGUUUCUCUUUCAGGCUCUUCUAGAUGGCAGUCCUGGCGUCUUGGUGCACUACCCAAUAACGAGCGUCUAGACCGGGCAUCGGCCCUCCUCGCAGAAGGUGACAUUGUUUUUGUCGUGGGCGGUGAGCGCAAGGGUGGCACAGUAUCUCCUAGCACUUUUAUCUUCGAGAUAGCAAAAUCUCGCUGGUUGGUAGGCCCCAAGCUUCAAACAUGUAGCUCUGGGGAAAGCCUUCGCUAUUAA